AUGAAACCAGAAGAUAGAAUAACUAUUAUUCAUUGUGCAAACAUUUAUCCACUUAUUUUCUGCUUCACGGGAAUAUUAGUUGCAUUUAGUAUUCAAUCAUUGCUAGGAGAUUUGUAUGGAAAAGAGUCAAGUGCAUCAUCAUGGUGUAUUUCCACGGCAUUUAUGUUUCCUGUUCUUUGCACUACGUUAUAUUGGGCUUUUGUUAAUCAGGCUAUAUUUCGUCUUUGCCGAAUUGUAUAUGCAACUCAUAAGUGGCUUCAACAUUUUUGGUUGUAUAUUAUUAUACCUCCUAUUGAGUUUAUUUUAAGUUGUGCACUGUUGUCUCCACUCCUUUUCUGGCAUGAUAUUGUUUAUUUACCACAAGAAUACUUUUGUUAUGUGCCAUACACAAAUAUUCUUGGCAUUCUUUGGGUGAUAUUAAAUGCUUAUGGAAAUCCUCUUUUAAUAUUAUUGUUUAUCUAUAUACGCAUUACAAUAUUUCUUCGUCGACAAUCCAUUAACCAAGCACUUGUAGUUAAAAAACGACAAGAACGAGAUUUACUUGUGAUACGACGUAUUUUUAUAACUGUCGGUCUACUCUUAACUCUUGGAAUACCAUCUGUAAUUCUUUUAUUAAUGUAUCUAAUCACACGUGAAGAAAGUCCUCUUUUUUUUCGUAUUGAAUGGCUUUCGGUUAGUCUGUCGAUGGUAGGAUUAAGUGUCGUGUUAGUUUUUUUCACCCCACAAUUAAAAAGUAUUAUUUUGAAAAAAUAUCAACCUAAUCAAAUAGUACCUUCGGCAGGUUCAGUAGCAGACUCAGUUCCAAUGGGUGUAUUACAAUCACGUUUUAAAUAA